CUCUUCUCUGCUCAGUAAUCUCUAGCUCAUCAUGUCAGACGCUGGCUCUGAAGACUUCGACGAAGAGCAAGGCUCUCUGGGGGAGUAUGAGGGAGACAGAAAUGAAGCUGGAGAGAGACAUGGACAGGGCAAAGCUGUCCUGCCGAAGGGAGACACUUACCAAGGAGCUUAUGAAAACGGCAAGAGAUGUGGCCAGGGGACAUAUAAGUUCAAGAAAGGGGCCAGAUACAUUGGAGAAUGGUACAUGAAUUUAAAACAUGGACAGGGUAUAUUUUAUUACCCAGAUGGCUCCAAAUAUGAAGGAAGCUGGGUGGAUGACCAGCGGCAGGGUCAGGGUGUUUACACAUACCCCAAUGGAGACACAUAUGAUGGUGAAUGGCUGCACCAUGAAAGACAUGGGCAGGGUACAUAUACACAUCACGAAACUGGGUCUCAGUACAUGGGCACAUGGGUCAUGGGAAAGAUGGAGUCCACCGGGGAGCUGAUCCAUCUGAACCACAGAUAUCAGGGCAACUUUGUCAAUAAUAAUCCCUCUGGUCCAGGGAAGUAUGUGUUUGACAUUGGCUGUGAGCAGCAUGGAGAGUAUUUCCAGUUAGAGCCGUGUUUUGCUGGUAUAUAG